AUGGACGAAAUCGAUGAAGAGGAUGACGAUUUCGAGGACGAUGAAGAAGACGACAAGGAGGAAGAAUUCGGAGUCUCUCUGUUGCUAGCCAUUGAGAGGAAAGGGAAAGACCUGCCCCUUCUCUUGGAACUUUUCUUCUCGGCGGAAGGCAUACGCAUAGUUGGCGCUGCUCUUGGAAUCAAUCCCGCAGGUCAUGUUGUAAACCUGCAUGGGACGACCAAUGGUCUCUACUCCGUGUACAGCAACUUAAGAACGGAGCGAGAAGCAGAUGACGACGAGCUUGAAACGACGACCUUGAAGCACUUUGUGGAUUUGAACCCACCAGUGCAAGACGCGAUCCUGAACACAGUAAAGAAGCACCUCUCUAAGGAUGUGCUCGCCUAUCUGAUGGAAGUAAUUGCAACUCUGUCAACACGAAUGCUGCUAACUAUUCAUGGCAAGUCUAUUUCACAAGAUCAGAACAAGCAAUUCAUUAAUUUCCUGAGGGAAACAUCUCAAUGGCUGGAGAAAUGA